AUGCCGUCUUCAGACAGGAAAGUGGACGGGAAGGGGACCAGGGGGAUCGAGGGCUGGCGGGGAGAAGCAGACACCCUCCCGGCAGAGGGGCAGGAUGGGGGCAGGAAAGUUAGAAAAGGUGACAUCUUCUCGGGGGGAGCCGAGACUGCGCAAGGCUGGGGGGCUGCGGGCUCAUCCCAGGCAGAAAGGGCAAGAGGGCAGGGACGGAGCGCAGUGGCCAGCGUAGGGUCCAGCACGUGGGGUGGUACCCCAGGCCCGGGUCAGACAGGGACAAGGCAGGGGACACAAAACAGAGGGGUCCCCAGCUGCCACCUCACCCACCGUAAUUCAUUUAGUAGCAGGCACAGGGGCAGCUCUGGCAGGGCUUUCUCAGGCCUGUGCCGGAGCCUCGAGGGCUGGAGAGCGGGAAGACAGGCAGUGCUCGGGGAGUAGCAGCAGGACGUCACCAGGAGGGCGAAGCGGCCACGGGAGGGCCCCGGGACAUUACGCAGCAAGGAGGCUGCAGGGGCUCGGCCUGCGGGCGCCGUUCCCACGAGGCACUGCGGCCCAGGGUCUGGUGCGGAGAGGGCCCACAGUGGACUUGGUGACACUGUAUGCCCUCACCGCUCAGCCCCUGGGGCUGGCUUGGCAGGCAGUACAGCAUCCAGGGGAGUCAAGGGCAUGGGGCGAGACCAGACUAGGCGAGGCGGGCGGGGCGGAGUGAAUGAGCUCUCAGGAGGGAGGCUGGCGCAGGCAGGGGUGAGGAGCACAGCAGGCGGCGAGCGGGAGGCACUGGCCUCCAGAGCCCGUGGCCAAGGCGGGCCUCACGGGCGACGACGGAGCCGGGAUCGGUGCCUCAGCGUUCGGGCUGGAGACGAGGCCAGGUCUCCAGUCGGGGUGGACGUGCCCACCAGCUGCCGAAGGCCGGGACGCCGGGUCCGGCGGACUUGCCGAGUGGGACAUGACAUGGUCCGGUGUGACGGCGAGGACAGAAGGGGCGCGUCCGGCCUUCCUGAACACCCUAGGCUGGUGGGGCUGCGGCAAGAAGCGGGUCUGUUUCUUUACUUCUCCCACGGAGUCGGCACACUACAGCUGCCCUCAGGGCUCCCAGAACCCACAACAUGAAAGGUGAAGCUAGAGGAACAAGACCUCAUCAACCCAACACCAAAGACGCCAUUGGACCAGCAGCGCCCGCAGCACCCACCCCCCACCAGCGACUCCAUCUUCAUGGCCACCCCCUGCGGCGGACGGUUGACCACCAGCCACCGCGUCAUCCCAGAGCUGAGCUCCUCCAGCGGGAUGACCCCGUCCCCACCACCUCCCUCUUCUUCUUCUUCAUCCUUCUGUCUCUUUGUUUCUGAGCUUUCCUGUCUUUCCUUUCUCUGAGAGAUUCAAAGCCUCCCCGACUCUGUUUCCCCCGUCCCUUCUGAAUUUAAUUUGCACUAAGUCAUUUGCACUGGUUGGAGUUGUGGAGACGGCCUUGAGUCUCGGUGCGAGUGUGCGUGAGUGUGAGCCACCUUGGCAAGUGCCCGCCCAGGGCCCGGCCGCCCUUCAUCUGGGCUGGGUGACUGGGCGCCGGCUGUGUGCCCGAGGCCUCACUCUGCCCUCGCCUAGUCUGGAAGCUCCAACAUCACGGGGCAACCUUCAAGCAUUCCAUUACGCCCCAUCUCGCCCUGUGCCCCUCCCCACCAGGGCUUCAGCAGGAGCCCUGGACUCAUCAUCAAUAAACACUGUUACAGCAA